UUUUCAUGGUAUAAGGCAGAGAAAGCGGAUGUAUAGUCCCAGAGUCCGACUGUGCAUCGAUCGAGUGUCGAGUCCCUGUGAUUACUUGUAUGGCAGCACACGUCAUGGACAAGUGGCUCGCACGUGCACUGGUACUGGUUUUACUAACGAUAGCAUCACUAACAAUUGCGGGACAUGGUAUUAAUUAUGAAGAGGAGCCAUUCUUUGCUGAACCUAUACAAAAUGUGACAGUUGCACUCAGUCGAGAUGCACAACUCACCUGCAUCGUCGAUAAUCUCGGUACUUACAGGGUUGCAUGGAUUAAAGUGGAGACGAAAGCCAUACUGACUAUCCACAAUCAUAUCAUAACUAGAAAUUAUCGAAUCAGUUUGAGCCAUAACGAUAACAGGCAUUUCGUAUUACAUAUCAAAAACGUACAAAAAUCAGACAAGGGUGGUUACAUGUGUCAGAUUAAUACCGCACCAAUGAAGAGCCAAGUUGGUUAUCUGGAUGUUUUAGUUCCUCCGGAUAUAUUAGUUAAGAAUAGCAGUUCAGAUGUAAUUUCUAGAGAAGGGUCCAACGUCUCUUUAACAUGUAAAGCGGCCGGUUAUCCGACUCCCAACAUAUCAUGGAGAAGAGAAGACAAUGAGAAGAUACCUUUAGGAAUGUGGCAAGGUAGAAAAGUAUUAGCUACUACUUAUGAUGGAGAGUUUCUGAACAUUACCAGAGUCAGCAGGCUUCAUAUGGGUGCCUAUCUUUGUAUAGCUUCGAAUGGAGUACCGCCAUCUGUCAGUAGAAGAAUCAUGUUGCAUGUAGACUUUCCUCCAGUUAUGUGGAUACCUAAUCAGCUAGUGGGUGCUCCUAUGGGGAAGGAUGUCACUUUGGAUUGCCAUACGGAAGCGUAUCCCCAAUCUAUUAAUUUCUGGUCUAAAGAAAAAGGGGAGAUAUUGUUAUCUAAUGACAAGUACGAAAUCGUAUCUAAAAAAAAGCUUUAUAAAACGCACAUGAGGUUAACCAUCAGAACUUUAAAUAAUGAAGACUUUGACACUUAUAAAUGUUACUCCAAAAAUUCUUUAGGAGAAACUGAAGGAGUUAUACGAUUAUAUGAAAUUCCACCUCCAACGAUUGAACCUAAUAAAGAUGCAAAUACAAUCAGAAGGCAAAGUUCAGAAGCAUUUCCUCAGCAUCAAAGUCUAGGAUCGUCUCACGAACUUGGAGAGAAUGACAAACGUCGACAAUCCCAUCGAGGUUUUGUUGUUAUUUCAGACGGAAGCUAUCACAUAUCGGAGGAUGUGAAAGCUGCUUUAGAAGACCACAGUCUGUCGGAGAAGAAUCAUGAACUUACGAAGUCAAAUUGUGGUACAACAAUGACGAUAUUGUGGAAUUCAUUAAUAUUCACUUUAACCGUUUGGCUGGCAACAUAAUAUCGAACGAAAGAAGACAAGUGUUGGCAUUUAGUGAUUUAGUGGACUUACUAUCACAGCUGGAAUUCCGGCAAUUCGUCAGAAAGACGACAUUGCUCGGAUCUGCAUCUCGUCCACUAACAUUUAGAGAAGACAAUCCCAUUAGUGACUGAAGUAGUAAAAAAAACAAAAAAAAAUAUAUCUUUCCCUCUCGAAAAAAUAAAUAAAGAAAAAUAAAGACGUCCACCGCAGUAACGUCGAAGUCCACAGCAAUAACUUAUAUGUGUCUUGUAUUAAAAAUAUUUGUUAUGUAUGCCGAAAUUUGUUACAUAUAUAUGUAUAUAUAUAAAUAUAUAUAUAUAUAUAAGUGGGUUGUUUACGUGCAUUUUUGUGGAAGAAAUGGCCAAUAUUGGUGUUUGUGAGAAGUACAGUAGAGGAGCCACUUUCAUGUGUAAUGAUGUGGGAAAGAAAAAAAAAAAAGGAGUUAUAUAUAUAAAUUCAGGAUAUUCCUGAUAUAAUAUCUUAUAUU